UAACUAAUACAUAUCGACAAAAUCUGACAUCAUUGUCUCGGCAAUUACAUCCGCGCAGCUUCCUUUCUUCCCGCCGUCACCAUGUCCAAAGCCGGAACCUGGAUAAAGAUGUUCGUCGUCGGCACGGUGAUCUGUGUCGGCGGCCCCGCUCUCGUCCAAUCAAUCCGUCCUACCGAUGAGGAAUUGUUUAAGCGGUAUAACCCCGAGCUUCAACGGCGGAGUUUGGAGGAGGGAGAUCGUCGCGCGCAGGAAUUCGAUGAUUAUGUGAAUCGGUUGAAGCAGUGGUCUAAGUCGGAUAAGUCGAUCUGGGUUGCGGCUCAGGAACAACAGGAACAGAUGCGGACACAGGCUGCGGUGCAGCGGAGUCAGGUGAAGGAUGAGGCGAAGGCACAGCGUGAGGAGAUGCGUAAGGAGUUGCUGGGUGAGAAAUAAAAAAUCUCGUGGGUAUGUGUUGUGAUUCAAAGGAAUAUCGGGUCUUGGCUUUACCCCCAUACAUAUACCCUUAUCUUGUACUUAUACCCAUGGUCACUGGGCCGGAGGGAGUCAAAAGCUUUGUGCAUGAAUCAUGGGCCGAGUCUUUUUGCCGGGAGUUUUUGGUUAGGCGCUUUUUUUCUUUU